AUGUUGAACCUUCGUCAGUCGCGUUCCUUUUCUCCUCUCUCCUUUUCCCAGCCUGCGACUUUGCCUCCGACCUCGUCGAUGCCCCCAUCCACGCGUCUGCCUGUCUCCUCUUCGCUCUCCUCUCGCGCUUCUCUGUCUUCUUCUCUGCCUCUGGGGGGUCCUGCCGCAUGCCCGUCGUCGUCGCCUCCGAGCAAGGAUGGAGGUUCGCUUCCUUCGCUUGCCUCCGCUUCAUCCUUCGCGUUCUCAGGCUCUCUGUGCCGGACCGGUGAGGGGGCGCUGGAGCGCGGCAGGUCGCUGCUGCCUUCGUCUUUGGUCUUCUCGGAGACGUCGCGCAACGCAACUUCGCGCGUGUCUCGCCACGAGGAGCAGACAACUUCUGCGGCGGCGCUGAAGAGGAAGAAUGAGGAAAGGGCCUUCUUUCCUCCGAAGAAACGCGAGAGAAAGACCUCGGAAGUGUCAGGUGGGAACGCCGGCGCGCUGGAGAGGCGCCACUCGGAGUGUCAAGACACCCCAGGCUGGGACUUGGCCACCUCCCGAGCUGGCGCCGGCGUCUCCUCUCUCUCUUCCCUCUCUUCCCUCUCUUCUCUCUCUUCUCUCUCGCGGUCGGUCGCUCGGCCUGUCCUGUACCCUUCUCUCGACUUUUCUCCAGGCAUGUCGACGAGGGAAAUUGUCCGGCGGCAGCAGAAGGCCCUCUGCUUCUUUCUCCGAUCCAUCGACAGAGCGAGGGCUCCGACGCGUAGUGCCUCGCCCCCGAAAGUCGAAACUGAAGCAAAGAGCCGCAACCACGCUGGACGAACGUCUGAUGCAAGCACUGCUUGCUCUUCUUCCUAUUCAGCAUCCACGUCGACACACCCUUCUUCCCUCAGUUCUUCCACUGUUCCUGCUUCUGCUUCGCGUUCGCUGUAUCUGGAGGCGCGGGAUGUGACGUUUACCUUGGAGCAGCGCAGAGACAGGAGCGUGACGCCCGUGACUUCUCUUCCGCCUGCGCUGGCGACUCGCCGCGCGAAGAUUGUGGACCUCGUUCUGGACUGGGCCUCGCAGCUGCAGGCGUCUGGGGCUCUUCUGGUUCCCGACGACAUCUGCAGGUCGUCCAUUCAACUCGCAGUUUCGCUCUUGGACAGGUCGAACCUUGUGGCUAUCUUUGAGGACUGCGAGGAAGGCGGCAGAGAGAAGACGGUGGAGCAGCCCGCGGUCGAGGAGGUCGGCGAGUCCGACUCGCGGAGUGCGAGCGAGAAGCACGAGGAGGCGUCUGUGCUGGCGGCUUCGGACGCUGCGGAGACAACCGAGAAAGGACCUUCGCACACGGCUGCGCCUUCUUCGGAGGAAGCGAGGAUGUGUGGGCAAAAGAGAACGGCAACGGGAGCACACAAGUCUCUUUCUUUCUCGUUUCCGCGACCCAGAGUCUCGGGAGACGACCCGCAAGCGCUGAAGACGAUUGCGGCGCUCUGCCUGUGCACCGCUCUUCAGUUCGACGCGCCCAACGCGAUGGCCUUCGAGAGAAAGGCGAAGAAACUCUUCGCGCUCUCGCACCUCUGCUGCCACACUUUCGAACGGCCCUUCCCAGAAGUCCAGCGCGCCUUCCUCGACCGCGUGGCCUGCGUCGUCUCCGUCCCCGUCCCCAUCGACUUCGCCAACUACUUCCUGUACAAAUUUGAUUCGGCUUAUAUUCGGAGAAAGGCGAACUCGUCGGCAGCCCAACUGGUCGCCUUCCUCCUCGACUGCUUCGCCCUCACGCCGCAAGCUGUCUGUACACCCGGCGCUCUCGCGGGCGCGGCCGCGGUGUUGCUGGCGAGGCGCAUCUGCGACAGCAAGCGGGGGGGUCGAGAGAGAGAAGAGGCGAUCUGGACGACAGAGAUGAAGAACGUGACGGGAUUCGAUGCCUCGCAAGUGAAGAAAGUCUUGAAAAUCAUGAAUGCGUUCCUGACCUCGAAGCGUGGUAGAUUCGCCGGACUGCACAAACUCCACACGCGCGGCUGGGCUGCAGUCGAAUGGGAACGUCCAAAAACGAGGAAAGGCGAAAAAGAAGACCGGAAAAAGAAGGAACCUGAAAAGCGCUAA